CAGCAAUACUUUAAGCCACCAAUCAAUCCAUAAAUAAGCCUUCACGCCUUCCACAAUGUCAACAAAACAGCCAGAUAUUACUCUUUACUUUCUAAAUGCGAGCCGAGCAAUCCGAAUUGCCUGGCUGCUGGAAGAACUUGGUCUCUCGUAUAAAUUAGUCACGUCGCCAAGGGAAGCCAAUGGACUAGCGCCGCCAGAGUUCAAAGCCAAGAUUCCUACUCAGCUUGGAAGUAGCCCUGCUAUUCAGGAUGGGGAUCUGGUAAUUCAGGAAAGUGGUGCUAUCUUGGAGUAUCUAUGCGAAACGUAUGACUCUGAGUCUUGGCUGUUACCUCAGGAAGCCCAUGCCAGAGCAAAGGUUAGGGAAUGGAUUCAAGCUUCCGAGGGUACCUUCAUGAUGAAUGCUGUUCCGAUCAUCAUGGCCCGGAUGGGAAUGCCACAAGAGGCAGCACAAUAUGUUGCCGGGCUGGAGGCUGCGAUUGCGCCAAUCGUGCGCGGCGCAAUGCAGUGGCUGGAAACGGAACUCGAAUCAGGUCCUAGCCAGGGCCAGUUCAUUGUCGGAACAGACCUUACUGCUGCAGAUAUCAUGAUGGGAUUUAGCAUUGAGACCAUUUUCGCCAUGAAGCUGGGAACGGAGAGACAGGAUUGGCCGCUGAUCAGUAAAUGGCUGGCAAACAUGAUGGACAGGAAGGCUUAUAAGACAGCGGCGGAAAAGUCAGGCUAUUCAAGGUAGUUCCUUGGUGAUAUGACUCACCUUAUAACAUGGCAUAGUAGUUAGUUUGGCUUGCAUUUUAUUUUGGUUUUAUUUUCUGUUGGGAUUUGUUGCAGUUUUUACACGUUAACUGUCAUCACCUUUGCUACUCUCAUCUUACCAAUCUGGGCAUUGGCUGCAUCUCUUUCUGCAAAGACAGUAAGACGCAACGCCAACGGAACGUACAUUAAAUAUAUCGCUAUGCACC